AUGCUGACGCACGUCUCGGCGCCCGAUUCAGAGGGGAAGGUCACGUACACUUUCGACACUCAAUCUAAAGUGGAGGUUCCCCAACGGUAUGAGGUGCGUAGUCUGGUUGGUCGUGGUGCUUAUGGUAUUGUUUGUAGUGCGGUAGAUAGUACAACUGGUGACACUGUUGCAAUUAAAAAAAUCAGUAAUAUUUUUGGUGAUGUUGUAGAUGGAAAGCGUAUUUUGCGUGAGGUUAAGCUGCUGGGCUUCCUAAACCAUCCUAAUGUAUUAUCUCUUAAGGACCUAUUUCGACCUUCUGAUCCUGGUUUUUCAGAUAUUUAUGUUGUUACGGAGCUUAUGUCUUCGGAUCUCCAGUCUAUUCUAAAGUCUUCUUCGGUUAAGUUAACAGAGGUACACUGUCAGUACUUCACGUAUCAGCUGCUGUGUGCGCUGCGGUACAUUCAUAGUGCAAAUGUCAUUCACCGUGACUUGAAGCCCGCUAAUUUACUCACCAACUCGGACUGUGAUUUGAAACUCUGUGACUUUGGACUGGCGCGGGGAAAGGGGCCGAAGAUGACCCACUACGUAGUGACGCGCUGGUACCGGCCGCCGGAGUUGUUGCUGGUGGGCGACGACUACGACGGGGCGGUGGAUCUCUGGGGCGUCGCGUGCCUGGCGGUGGAGAUGUUCACCCGCCGCCCGCUCUUCGCCGGCCGCGAUUACAUCCACCAACUCAAUCUCAUCACAGACCUCCUCGGCGUGCCGGACGUGCUGCGGGACCUCCCACACGUGCACUCCCCAGAGGCGCUCAGCUACAUCCGCGCACUCCCCCCGCGCGAGCGACGGCCGCUGGAGGAGGUGCACACCGAACUGCAGGCGCGGUACUUCGCCGCCAGUCGCGCGCGCGAGGAUGGCGCCGGCGACGCAGAGAAUAACUACGCCAUGUUUAAGGACUUUCUCUUUCGGCUGUUGAGAUACAACCCGAAGGAGCGCAUGACGGCGAAGGAGGCACUGGCACACCCAUGGCUGCGGGAAGUGCGCAACAACUGCGGUGGGGAGGAACUGGAGGCGGAGGCGAGUGAACGCUUCUUUUGGGAAUUUGAUAGCAGCGAACUAAACGCCAGUCAGCUGAGGCAGUUGCUGAUGAAUGAGGUCAUGAAGUACAAUGAUUAG